AUGCAGCCUGCCCAAAGGCUUUCGACUCUCAGCUUCCUCCUGUUAACCCUGGCCUGCGGCCAGACAUCCAAGUUUCAAGAAAAUGACUUUUUGCAGUUUCUGGGCUUAGAGAAAGCGCCAUCCCCUCAAAGGUUCCAACCUGUGCCUCGCGUCUUAAGGAAAAUCUUCCAGGCUCGAGAAGCUGCGGCGGCCAGUGGGGCCUCGCAGGACUUAUGCUAUGUCAAGGAGCUGCGUGUCCGUGGGAACCUGCUUCAGCUUCUCCCAGACCAGGGUUUUUUCCUUAACGCACAGAGACCUUCCCAGGAUGGCUCCUGCCUGCAGAAGGUCCUCUACUUUAACUUGUCUGCCAUCGAAGGAAAGGGAAAGUUGACCAUGGCCCAGCUGACUCUGGACUUGGGGCCCAGGUCUUACUACAAUCUGGGACCAGAACUCGUGGUAGCUCUGUCUGUGGUUGAGGAGCCGGGUAUGUGUGGGGAAUCCCACCCUAACCCCAACAGAUUGCUUGCUCAGCAGUCCAUCUGGGGGCCUCAAGGUCCUCUUCAUUUCAACCUGCAGCACGUGGUGAAGAAUUGGGACAGCAACAGGCUGAAGAACCUGGGCUUGUACUUAGAGAUUCUGGCCAAAGAGGAGAGAUACUCUGGGGUGAAUGUCCAGCCUGAGAACCCCUGCGGCCGGCUGAUACGUUUCCUUCACGCCUCCCUGCUGGUGGUGACCCUCAACCCUGAGCACUGUCACCCUUCUCCCAGGAAAAGAAGGGCAGCGAUCCCCGUCCCCAAGGGUUCCUGUAGGACUCUCUGCCAUCGUCAUCAGCUGUUCAUCAACUUCCGGGACCUGGGUUGGCACAAGUGGGUCAUUGCCCCUAAGGGCUUCAUGGCAAAUUACUGUCAUGGAGAUUGUCCCUUCUCAAUGACCACAUAUUUGAAUAGUUCCAAUUAUGCUUUCAUGCAGGCACUGAUGCAUGCAGUUGACCCCGGCGUCCCCAAGGCUGUCUGUAUCCCUACCAAGCUGUCUCCCAUUUCCAUGCUCUAUCAAGAUAAUGAUGAGAACGUCGUUCUCCGACAUUAUGAAGACAUGGUUGUUGAUGAAUGUGGGUGUGGCUAG